AUGCGUCCGCUGUUCCUCCUCACUGUCCUGGUGACGGUCUCUGUCACCUGGGGACACCCUCAUCCCCCUCUCCUGUCCUCCGAGAUGGUUGAUGUCAUCAACAAGGCCAACACCACCUGGACGGCCGGGAAGAACUUCCAGAAUGUUGACAUCAGCCAUGUGAAGGCACUUUGUGGGACCAUCAGGAACGGACCCAAGCUGCCAGAGGUGGUCCAUAACACUGAGGGAAUAAGGCUUCCCGACAGCUUUGAUGCCCGCGAGCAGUGGCCCAACUGUCCCACAAUCAAGCAGAUCAGAGACCAGGGCUCCUGUGGAUCCUGCUGGGCCUUUGGGGCAGCUGAAGCAAUAUCUGACAGGUUAUGCAUCCAGACCGGUGGUAAGAUCUCUGUGGAGAUCUCCGCUGAAGAUCUGCUCACCUGCUGUGAUGAUUGUGGCAUGGGAUGUUUUGGUGGUUAUCCCUCUUCUGCUUGGGAGUACUGGGCAAACAAAGGGCUGGUGACUGGAGGCUUGUACAACUCCAAAGUCGGCUGCAGACCCUACAGCAUCGCCCCCUGUCAGCACCAUGUCAACGGAACCCGUCCUCCCUGUGGGAGCAUCCAGGAGACUCCCAAGUGUGUGAUGCAGUGCAAUGAUGGAUACUCGCUGUCAUAUGUGAAGGACAAACACUACGGUCGGCGUACCUACAGCAUCCCAUCCCAGGAGGAGCAGAUCAUGACUGAGCUGUACAAGUUCGGGCCUGUGGAGGCAUCUUUCGACGUAUAUGCAGAUUUUCUGCUGUACAAGACCGGUGUGUACGAGCACGUGACCGGGGAUAUGCUGGGCGGUCAUUCCAUUAAGAUCCUGGGCUGGGGAGAGGAGAAAGGGACGCCCUACUGGCUGGCUGCAAACUCCUGGAAUACUGACUGGGGAGACAAAGGUUUCUUCAAGAUCAAGCGUGGAGCAGAUGAAUGUGGCAUCGAGUCAGAGAUGGUUGCAGGAAACCCACAUAACUAGAUACAAUGAGUCAACAGACAGUCAACAGAUCCAUCAAUAAGGAGAUUAUAACCUUAUUUAGAGACUUCACCGCUGCUUUGAAAGGCAGAUGUUGCUGGAUUUCAUAUAACAAACUACAUGUAUCAUGUUGUUGCUUGGCUUUUGUUCCAAAUAAAUCAUUGCACUGAU